UAUUAACACGACAAUAAUUUUCAUAAUUUAGUGAAGUUUCAUCUUUGAUAGCAUUUGUAAAUUUUAUUCAGCUUUAACUUUGGCAAAAACACCGUUGAAAAAAUUUUAGCUGAAAAAUACAAACUAUAUGUAUUUUUAAAAAAAUGUAUUUAAAGAAAAACUAUUCUCUCUAAAUACACCAAAAUAUGUUUUUUAUCAAAAGAGCAUAAAAAUAAAAUAAAUCAAAAGAAAUUUUAUUACAAAAAUAAAAAUAGUGUCAGAUUUGCAGAUCAACUCGCUCCAACCCAAAUUUUGUGUAGAGGUAGGAAUUGUGCGGAGUCCACAUUUUGAUUGCUUUUUUUUUAUUGCUAUAUAUAUUGAUUUACUAUUAUUUUUUAAUUACAUUAUCAGUUAUCCUUUGAUUUUUAACUUAUUUUCCUUCAGUUUUCUACCUUUUUCUUUACGGACAUAAUUUUCAUGUCUUUUUCAUUAAAAUAGUUUAAUAUGUUAUCAAUUAAAAUAGUUAUGUAUUGAAAAAUGCCAAAAUGUAGUAAUUUUUUUUUACAGCCAAAAUGUAAUAUAUUUUUUUAAAAUAAUAGUUUUGAAAUUGCCUUUUCAAUAGAGAUGUAGCAAUAUUUACUGGACAGAAUGGGCUUCAAUCCCAACUCAAUUAUUGAAAUAGAGCUAGGUCAUAAUGGUGGUUGGUUUUGAAAAAAAUGGUCCCGUGGUUGGUAUAUAUAUAUGAGACGAGUUUCCGUACAAGAAAAAAGCGUAGGGGCAAUGGAAUCCUGGGGAAUUGAACUAAAACCUGGGAAACCUCGCUAUUUUCGUCUUCGUAAUCUAAAUAAUGAACAUCGUAUACUCCACAUCACGGCAACUCUAUGCGAGGGUGUGGGCAAAGAGAAGAGUGUGAUUCAGUACUCAGUCGGAGACAACAAGAGUCCAGUCGAUUUGUGUGCAUUGUCGCCAAACGAAAACGAAUCCUUCUCUUUGAGCCUUGAGCUUGGCUGUGAUGAUAACUCAGUCGAAUUCUCGGUGACUGGUGAUAGAUGCAUCGAUCUGACUGGUUAUUUACAGAUUGAUAAUCCGAAUAGGAGAAACUCGAUUAAGAUGCGCCAUGAAUCCAAUAUUCGUGGGAGCUUGAGAGACAGCCUCCCCUCACGUGAGGAGAUCUGCCGUCUAUGGUCUACCUUGUCAUUGGAAGAAUCUGAAGAAACAAUGGUUAACUACUUAACCAAUAAUGAUGUUUAGGAACAUCUUCUCUUGCGUUCUUAUGUUUGAAUUUUUUUUUUCUUUUUCAAAUUCAUAAUAAAAUUCUAUCUAUUUUUUUCACCA